CCCGCCCUCCACCCAAUUCAUGUGUCCGCGAUCACUAACGCAGCCCUUCUCAUCUCCAUAUCCUGUCUUCCUUCGCCAACUCCACACCGGCGUGGCGAUCCGACCACACCCCGUAGCAGGCGACUCAUCCAGCGGCUCAAAGCCCAAAUUUGCACCACGAGUUCCUCCUCGGAAGGUCAAGACCGAGUCAGCAACAGAAGCAGCACCUACACCGACUCGCACAGAUGCCCCCCGUGGUCGCGGACGAGGUCGAGGUCGCGGAGGCUCUGAGGCUGGUCGAGGCAGUCGUGGCGGUCGAGGAGGAGGUCGGGGUCGAGGCCGAGGCCGAGAAGAGCCUGUGCUUUCGAUGGCUGGCCCGUUUGCGAUGGGCCCGGCCGCAUACGUUCCUCGGACAAGAGCAGCCACGGCGAUCGUUACGCCGUCAGCGCCCGUGUCGGCCAAGUCAGAAGUCAUCGCUGAACAAUUCGACGAUGUCGAGGGGCCCACUGGCUUUGACCCUUCCGACAACUGGACACCAGUCGAGCUUGGGUCGAUCAGGUCUGUGUUGGCCAAGCCUCCUACCGCCAUCAAAUCAAAGAAAAUCAAGAUCAAGCCCGAUCCGGACGGCGACGUGAGCAUGGGGACAGCAGGCGAUGAUAUCAUCGACGAAGAAGAGGAGCCAAAUGAACCAGUCAAGCCGGAGAGUCUUCGAGAAAAUGUCUUUGAUGCCGAGAAUCCCACGCACGAGCUCUUGCACUUUCAGUUCCCGGCAGUUCUUCCAAAGCUCGAGAGCAUGCCCGUCGAUGGCGAUACCAUCCCCAUUGAGGAUUUCUCGCGACACCCUUUCAGCCGAUUCGAGGGCAAGCUCGGCAAGCUUGUCGUGCGGCGGUCAGGAGCGGCCCAGAUCAAGAUGGGAAACAUUGUUUUUGAUGUUGCACCGGCACCGGAUAUAAAUAUGUUACAACAGCUGGUGGUCGUCAAGCCAGAAGCCGGCAGGGCAGUUGUCCUCGGGGACGUCAAGAAGCGUCUGGUGUGCACCCCGAACCUGGACUCGCUUCUCAAAUAGCAGGAUUGGGGGCCGAAUUUGAGUCGUUGUUACUGGACUCGUUGGUGAUGUACUUGACUGUGGUGUACUGUCUGGGGAAUAUCGGUCACAUUGAACCAGGACACCCUGUUCCUGAGCCAGGGUUACCGCUGUGGUCAUCGUGAAUACACCCUCAUCCGAUGCCCGCCAUGACCAAACAAUGUGCCAAGA